AUGGCGGAAGCCGGAGCCGCGGUCGACGUCGACGCUCGGCGUGGCAGCCGCAACAACGCGCCGGACGGCCGCGUCGAGUACGUGAGCCGCUUGCUUGAGACGGCUUUCCGCGCGUCCAACUUGGACCACGUGCACAGCUUUGUGACGAGCGACGGGACGCGCCAGCGGAUCCUCGAGUUUCUCGGCGCAAGCGAGAGCCGCCUUUUGCUCGUGUACGAGGCCGGCGCGGGCAGAUUCACAAUCGCGCACUCGAUCCAGACCGCGACGGCCAAGGCGCAAAGCGACAUCUUCUACCUCAUCAAGGUCGCCAAAGGCGCCGUCUCGGCCGAGCACGUGGGCGCCGAGCUCCUCGCAGGCUCGCUCAACCGCAGCGUGCUCGAGACCAUGUCGCGCAUGAUGCAAGACGUCUUUGUGCCACUCGUGUCGCACAGCGGCAACCAGCACGCGUGGCCGGAAAUGGUCGCGACCUCCAUCUCGGAGAACCUCCAGCUCUUCCUCUCGAGCCUCCAGAUCACGCUCGGGCAAACCAAAGGCGAGACGUGCUUGCCACUGCCACCCGAGCAGUCAACGUAUACCAAGACAAUAGGCGACGAGUCGGACCAUGGCGUCCCCAUCAAAGACCAAGUCCAUGUGCUCGAAGGCUGCCUCAUCACGUGGACCAAGCAGAUCAAGAACAUCCUCAAACAAGACCCCGAGACACUCCUCAACGCCAACGAGAAGGGUCUGCACCCUGGUCCGUCCGAGGAAAACCGCUUCUGGCUCGGCAAAGCGCGCAAUCUCAACUCGAUCUUUGACCAGCUCCAGAGCGAUAGCAUUCGCAAGGUGCUCCAGUACCUCGACGCGACCAAAAGCACGUACAACGUACCGUUUGCCAAGCUCUGCAAAGAGGUCUUCCACGCGCGCGCCGAGGCCAACGACAAUGUGCUCUUCCUUGCGCCUCUCUUGCCAUGGUUCCACGCCAUGGAGCGCGAGACGACCUUUACAGCGCUUGUCGAGCUCUUCCGACCCAUGAUGCAUUCCAUUCUUCUUGUUUGGAAGUGGAGCCGCUUCUACAACACACCGCCGCGGCUCGUCGUGCUCGUACGACACAUUUGCAACGAGCUCAUUCGCAAGGCGUUUGCGUACAUGAACGGCGCGAUGCUCUUUGAGCUCAUGGCCGCCGACGAGACACCACGCGCGCUGGAGAACCUCAAGACCACCCUACGCGUAUGUGCCCACUUUAAAGCCGUGUACUUUGACUACAAGGCCAAAGCCAACACCGAGUGUCCGCAAAACCAGUGGCGCAUUCAAAACAACGCGCUCUUUGUUCGCCUCGACGCGUUCUUGGAGCGCUGCCACGACGUCCUCGAACUCACGCAGACCAUUGUCCAGUUCGGCAAACUGGCCAAAAUUGAAGUGGGUGGCACAAAGGGCAAGACGCUCACAACGUCCGUGCAGCAGAUUUACGCCGACUUUACCGACACGGUCGUUGUGGUGCAGAACGUCGCGUACGACCUCUUGGACAUUGAUGCCAAGGGCUUUGACGACGACUUUUACGAAUUUCGAUCGAAAAACAAGGAGCUCGAGCGGCGCUUGGCGAGCGUUGUGAACCAAGCGUUUGAUGACGCAACGUCGAUCACGGGUCGCUUCAAGCUCCUCGACUCGUUCGACGACCUCCUCGAGCGGCCGAUCAUCAAGAACGAUCUCGAGAAGAAACACGCGAUUCUGAUUGCAGCGUACAGCGCCGACCUCCACGCAGUUCAGCAAGUCUUUGUCGAGAAGCGGGAGAGUCCACCGAUUGGGUACAACUUUCCGCCGUUUGCCGGCGCCGUCGCGUGGGCGCGCGGCCUCCGUGACCGCAUUGGGUAUCCGAUGGAGAAGCUCAAGUGGCUCAACCGUGCGAUCCUCGAGCGCGAAGACUCGAAGGACGUCAUCAAGAUGUACACGACGCUGGUCGGGUCGCUCAUGGAGUUUGAGAGUGCGAGCGUCAAAACGUGGGCGCACUCGAUCGAGGUCUCGAGCAAGUCCAAGCUCAAGCUGCCGCUGCUCCGCAAGGAGGCCGAGUCAGGUCUCGUCUUUGUCAAUUUCGACCCGGCCCUCGUGCAGCUGCUGCGCGAAGUCAAGUACUUUUGA